CACACUUUAUGUGAAACCCGGUGACUUCUCGUGGAAUCUCGCGAUGGCUGACUCAGACGAGAACACAGCACGGAAAACAUGUCGGGUCUUGUCAACAACACAAGCAAGUCAUGAACAUAUAUUGUUAACAGACAUGCCAUAAAGUCCCACUAAAUAGUCACCCAGCCAUCAGUGCUCACAUCCCGCUGUCCCCAUGACAACCCCUCCUCUGGCCCAGUUCCCUGGGCAACAGGCUCAGGCAGCUCGGGAUGUGAACACAGCCUCGCUCUGUCGGAUCGGACAGGAGACGGUGCAGGACAUCGUCUUACGAACCAUGGAGAUCUUUCAGCUGCUGAGAAACAUGCAGCUGCCGAAUGGAGUCACCUAUCAUCCUAACACUCAUCAGGACCGGUUGGGGAAACUGCAGGAGCACUUGCGGAUGCUCUCUGUCCUUUUCCGCAAGCUCCGUCUCGUCUAUGACAAAUGCAAUGAAAAUUGUGCUGGUCUGGACCCCAUCCCUCCUGAGCAACUUAUCCCUUAUGUAGAGGAUGAGAGUUCUAAGAUGGAUGACCGACUGGCUAAUCAAAUGCGUGCAACCAGUGAAGAGAGAAGAGAAGUACUGGAAGUAAAUAAGAAACUGAAACAGAAGAACCAACAGCUGAAGAUGAUUAUGGACCAGCUCAGAAACCUCAUCUGGGAGAUCAACUCCAUGCUGGCUGUCAGGAGCUGAAACACACACUCACACACAUAUGCGUGUGCAUUCAUACACUGUUGUACAUACACUGACUGUAUAAGCUGCAUUUACGAGCUCUGUUUUCAGCGGGACACGUAAGAUAGAUAGAUGCAGGAAACAGCAGUGAGGAACAAAAUUGAGAGAAGGUAG